AUGCCAUCUAGACAUGUUAAUGUGAGAGCUAGUGCUCAAGAGGAUGGUACAUCCUCUGCACCUCCUGUGCCACUAUGUAUAGCGAACAUACUUGAUGAGGGUGUAGGCCCUCUGAUAGAAGCUAUGUUGGAGCAUUUCAGUGGAUUCUUGGUGCUAACCUUGCUUCUGCACCUACCAAUCCUGCGCUUGUUAAUCAAGGGUUACCGCUUGAACAUCUUCAGGCGUUGGAUGUCCUAUUCUGAUGAGGAGAAGUUGGGUUGUGUUGUGUCCCUACUUGACGAUGAGGCUUAUCGUUGGUGGAAUAUAGUUAAGAGAGCUCAGAAUGUGGAGAUGUUUGAUGAGUUAGUUAAGAGAGCUAAAGCAGUUGAGGAGACAUUAAUUGAGUCACCUCAAUAUGUGGUUACUAAAUCUAGUAAGAGGAAAUUUGAUGGUGCAUCUGGUCGACCGCCUAAGAGAGGGAAUGACAAUCACAGUUCUAGUAGGGGUACGAGACAUGGGCAUUUUGGUGAGUGCCAUAAGUUGACAGAGGUCGGUCGUGGUAGAGGUCAUGGGAGACUGGUUGGGCAGCGGACUGUUGCUCAUGCUGUUGCUUCACAGGUUGAAUCUAAAGGUCCAACUCAGGUUAAUGCUAUUAGGGAAUUGAAGGAUAAGGACACGACUAAUGUUAUAGCAGCUACUUUCACUUUGCAGUCAACUCUAUUGUUUUCUUUGGUUGAUUCUAGUUCUACAUAUUUGUAUAUCUUGAGUGAAUUAGCUUGUAAGUUAGGGAUUCCAGUAGAGACUAUUGAUUUGGGUAUGAUUGUUAUUAGUUCUUUUGGCAAUUGUAUGGUAGUGAAUAAAGUUUAUCAUAAAUGUCCCAUUAUGAUUCAAUGGCAUGUUUUCUCUGUUGAUCUUAUUGAACUAUCGUUCUAUGGAUUUGAUGUGAUUAUUGAGAUUGUUGUUGUUGGAGAAAGACCAAGAUUUAUGCCUAAUGUGGUUUCAGCUCUAAAGGCUGAGGAGAUUAUGGGAAAAGGUUGUAAGGCUUACUUAGCCUAUGUGAUGAACUCACUUAGUAAAGAGUUGAGAGUUCAGGAUAUUUGCACUAUUAAGGAUUUUCCUGACAUGUUUCCUGAAGAUUUGUUAGGUUUUCCACCAAAACGUAAAGUUGAUUUUGGUAUUAAGCUUUAUCCUGGUUCUACACCGAUGUUUAUUGUGCUCUAUUACAUGGCACCACAAGAGCUCAAUGAGUUGAAAGUUCAGUUGCAAGAGUUGCUUGAUAGAAGGUUCAUUCGACCGAGUGUAUCUUCAUAG